CCACGGAUGGUAAACGAAGUAUACUUCAACCGUUCUAAGUCUAUCCCGCCCCUAGAUAUUUGCCCCCUGCCGGGUCUAUUUUCGUCCAGAUUACGUGGUUUUCUAUAGACCUCCUAGCUACCGCCUAUCUAGUAGAUAGUCGGCGGAUUGACAAGUGAGAUUGGCUGUGCUACAAUAUGGCGCUCACCAAGAAAGAAAACGAAACGAACGGGGCCGCUGCGAAAGCCAAAUACGACCCGGAGUUCACAGACAAUGUCAUUGCCGCUACGGGUUCGAAGGCCCAUCCUCGUCUGAAGGAGAUCAUGCCAAGCCUGCUACGGCACCUACAUGACUUUGCUCGGGACGUAGACUUGACAAUCGCGGAGUUGAUGGCUGGCAUUGAACUAAUAAACGAGGCAGGCCGCAUGUCUACCGACAAGCGUAACGAGACAGGCUUGCUAUGCGAUAUCCUCGGCCUAGAAUCUCUCGUAGACGAAAUCACAUCUAAAUUACUCUUCGAAAGUCGUGAAUCUGGAGCGAUUACGCCUUCGACCGUCCUCGGGCCUUUCUACCGGAAAGACGCGCCGCUUUUGCCCAACGGCAGCAGCAUCAUAUACACAGCGCCAGACACAUUCUGGUAUCUGCAAGCCGAGAGGUGGCUAACCCACCUGUCGGGGCGAGUGCUAAGCGCGUCGACGGGGAAACCAGCGCCAGGUGCCGUCGUAGACAUCUGGCAGGCGGGCCCAAACGGGCUAUACGAGCAGCAGGACCCGGCGCAGCCAGACAUGAAUCUACGAGGACGCUUCCAGACAGACGAGCUAGGCCGGUAUGCGCUAUAUUGCGUACGUCCGGCCGCGUACAAGGUCGCACCGGACGGGCCCGCCGGUCGCCUGCUUGAGCUGCUAGACCGUCAUCCGUACCGGCCUGCACAUAUACACUUCGUGAUAACGGCGCCGGGGUUCCGGACCUUGACCACGCAAAUAUUCGACCGCGAGGACAUGUAUAUUAAAGACGAUACGGUCUUCGCUGUUAAGAAUGAAUUGCUGGUGAGUUUUGAGCCGUGCGAGGGAGACGAGAAGGCCCGCUGGACGGUGAAGUAUGAUUUUGUACUGAGCGAGGCGUGAGAUAUAGAUGGACUAUUUGUGUUUGUGUUUGUAUAGUCCCUUGCUAUUUCGAGGGUUUUAUUUCGGGUCAGUAGGCAUGUUUUAACGGGAAGAUUAGUAUGUCUAUCAG